ACUUGAUAUUCUGAACUUAAGCCUGGUCUGAACACCCGAGCCUGAUCUGCUGAACACCUGAGCCUGACAUCCUGAACAUCCAAGCCUGAUAUUCUGAAAACCUGAGCCUGAAAUCCUGAAGAUCUAAGCCUGAACAUCUAAGGCUGAUAUUCUGAACCAAAGCUGAUAUUCUGAACAUCUGAGCCUGGUAUUCUGAACCUAAGCCUGAUAUUCUCAACAUCUGAGCCUGAUAUUCUGAAUUUAAGCCUGACAUCCUGAACAUCUAAGCCUGAUAUUCUGAAUACCUAAGCCUGAAAUUCUGAGCCCAAACCUGACAUCCUGACCACCCAGCUGAGCUCCAAGCUGGAGGGGGAUACCAAAGCCCACUGAGCAGUCCAAGCCCAUCACAGCCACCACAGCCACCCUUUGGGACCUCUUGGGAUUGGAAUUUUGGGAAAAACAACAGCAAAAUUCAGCAGGACUCGGGAUUCUAACCCAAAAUAAAAAUCACUGCCAAACUUCCAGCAGAUCUGCUUUGGGAGAGACUGGGAAAAGCAUCUGAAGGAAGCAAAUUGUGCUGAGCAGGGAGCGGGGAGACCUUUCCUUGCUGCCCCACGAUGAUCUCUGCCUGAGGGCUCCUGGAGGAGACAGAAGAACCCUUUGCAAGCUCCUUCCCACCUCUGCCAGACCAAAAGCAAGGAAAUCUUUUUGGAUAAGAGCGUGGCUUGGUGGAUCUCCUUGAAGGAUGCCCGGCCAGGAGCCUGAGGACUUUGGAGCAGAAAUCCCGUCGGAAAAAUCCCGAAUGAUCCCUGGGCUCCCCCCGUACGACAUGGACGAGCAGCUCCUGCCCAGGCAGCCCCGCAGCCCCUGCUGCUGCCUGGCCUGGACCCUGCUGAUAGGAACCAUGAACUGCCUGGUUUUCCUCCUGAAUUUGCUCCUGAUGUUGGUGAUCUUCACCGUCGUGCUCCUUCCUACCAUCGUGGUGGUUUACUUUGGCUUCCAGUGCCACUCCCAGGUGGGGCUGCAGCCGCCAGCUCAAGGCCUGGGUGUGACCCUGCAGCACCAGCGGGGUCCCCUCCCUGUGCCCCGUCAUCAUCAUCAUCAUCAUCAUCAUCAUCAUCCUCGGCCCUCUGUGGGGAGGUGUCGCUGCUCAGCCAGGGCGCUGCUGUGGUGUAUCCCAAAAAAUCCCCCAAAAAUCCCAAAAAAUUCCCCCAAAAUCCCAAAAAUCUGCAAUGGAAUGGAGAGACAGUGUGGGACAGGUUUGGGCUGGGCAUGGCAGCUUCAUCCUCUUAAAUCCCCCUGUCCUUUAUCCCAAAAAUCCCCAAAAUGUGCAAUGGAAUGGAGACACAGUGUGGGACAGGUGUGGGAUGGGCAGGGCAGCUUCAUCCUUCCAAAUCCCCCUGUGCUUUAUCCCAAAAAUCCCAGGGAAGCUUCAUCCUUCCAAAUCCUCCUCUGGUUUAUCCCAAAAAUCCCAGGGAAGCUUCAUCCUCCUAAAUCACUCUGUACUUUAUCCCAAAAAUCCCCAAAAUGUGCAAUGGAAUGGAGACACAGUGUGGGACAGGUGUGGGAUGGGCAGGGCAGCUUCAUCCCCAUAAAUCCCCCUGUGCUUUAUCCCAAAAAUCCCAGGGAAGCUUCAUCCUUCCAAAUCCCCCUGUGCUUUAUCCCAAAAAUCCCUGCUGCCACCCUGGGGAGGGGGCUCUGUGCUGGGCCAGGGGCUGCAGUCGCCAGCUCAAAGCCUGGGUGUGACCCUGCAGCACCAGCGGGGUCCCCUCCCUGUGCCCCGUCAUCAUCAUCAUCAUCAUCAUCAUCAUCCUCGGCCCUCUGUGGGGAGGUGUCACUGCUCAGCCUGGGCACACUGGGGUUUAUCCCAAAACUCCCCAAAAAAAAAAUCCCAAAAAUCUGCAAUGGAAUGGAGACACACGUGGGAGAGGUGUGGGAUGGGCAGGGCAGCUUCAUCCUUACAAAUCCCCCUGUGGUUUAUCCCAAAAAUCCCAAAAAUCUGGAACAGAGUGGAGACACAGUGUGAGACAGGUGUGGGCUGGGCAGGGCAGCUUCAUCCUCCUAAAUCAAGGAAAUCACCCUGUGCUUUAUCCCAAAAAUCCCAGGGAAGCUUCAUCCUUCCAGAUCACCCUGUGCUUUAUCCCAAAAAUCCCAGGGAAGCUUCAUCCUCCUAAAUUACCUUCUGGUUAACCCCAAAAAUCCCAAGGCAGCUUCAUCCUUCCAAAUCACGCUGUGGUUUAUCCCAAAAAUCCCAGGACAGCUUCAUCCUCCUAAAUCCCCCUGUGGUUUAUCCCAAAAAACUCCAACUGAGUGAAAACACAGCCUGGG